UGCAGAAAUAGAAUUAGAUUUUACGCGAUAAUGAGAACCCCUGUAGACACUGGCGCCACAUUUUCCUCUAGGGUAUUUAUUUAGAAACUCUAUGCCUCAAAUGAACGUCUCGUUCUCUUGGUUGCUCUCGUAGAGGGUUGCCAGUUGCCGAUUUUUGUUCUGUGUGGUUGUGUUCUCUUGUGCCUUGUUGCUUGAAUCCAACGCAGAAAACAGAGGAGGGAGGGUAGCGCGACGCCGCCAACUUGUCGUUACCGUUCCUUGUUUAUUCAGUAAUUUAAUCAGUUGAUUACGUGAUCACGCGUAGCCUCGAAGUGUUCACACCCGGUAGGAAUGCACCGCGGCUUGAAGCCAAUGCAAAAGCUGUGACCGUCGCUACUAUCCACCAUGAACAGCGAUUCCUCGACAUCGAAAGCGACAGCGUUGGCGUCGCUGACCGAGACGUACACCGAUUCGGAAGGCGAACUCGAUUCAGAGCCAGAGACCAUCGAGCGCAAGGAGCCGAGCAUCGAGAGCACGCCGAACUCGCAGAGUGGAGUGCCGCUCGUCUCGUACCGCGCCGAGGACGAGGACGAGGCAGUCGGCGAGGACGACGAAGCACACGCCGAGUCUGGCCAGGUGCUGUACGUACGGCCCGAGUCUCCAGUCUCCUUCCACCGAUGCCUGCAGAGCUUGGGGCCAAAUGGCGUGUUCCUGCCGCCAGAGCCGCCGGGCCGCUGCGCGCCGGCUCUUCAGGAGAAGAUCGCACGCCUCUACGAGCGGAAGGUUCGUGAUGGGCGAGACAUGAACGCGUCCAUCCAGAUGCGUAAGGACUUCCGCAACCCGAGUAUCUACGAGAAACUGAUUGCGUACUGCGGCAUCGACGAGCUUGGCACUAACUACCCACCUGAGACGUACGACCCGCACAGCUGGGGCCCGGACUCGUACUAUGAGGAACUGUCACGGCGCCAGAAGGAGGAGAUGGACAAGCGCGAACGUGAGAAGAAGACCAAGGUGGAGUUCCUCACGGGCACGGCCAAGAAGCCCGAACCGCGCAAGAGUAAAUGGGACGUGGGUGGAACGCAGCCCGUGCUGGGCGUCGCGAGGCCCCUUGCGGCCGUCCCGUCUGCCAUCCUGCCGCCGCCGCUGGCGUCCAGGCCCACGGUCAUCUCGGCCUUCGGCACGUUGCCCAAGAAACCCGCCGCCAAGCCCUGAGUGUGCUCCGUGCAGUGGGCGUUUCUGCGGCAGCGAAGCCGCAGUGGCCCGCAUCGCUUCUGAAUGUAGUGCAAAUCUGGUGGCGCCUUGGGCAGGAAACAAAGAAUACUGUGUAUCUGAAAAUGAGAUUGGCCCACAUUGUGGCCCCAAAUGUGGUCAGAAAAGCGCAAUUAACCCUUUACAUGUUAAUAAACAAGACCACUUACUGGUUGUUUAA